AUGUCCUAUGUUGAAGCUGAUAGACAUUGUUCCCAUAAAUAUCAAGGUCACCUAGUGUAUAUCUUUGACCGAGAAACGAAUGAGUUUGUUAAAGGACUUUUAAACGAAGGAACUUGCCAUGUGGCACUGAUAGGUUUGAAUGACAGGAAAAGUAAAAGCGACUUUUGGUGGGGAGAAAAGAUUAAGAUUGGUAAUUUUUCCUGUUGGGAAGAAAGUAGAAACGACGAUAAUCGUAAGGCUACUGCUGUCAUCAUCACAAAAACAGUGUGGAAGAAAUAUGACCAUGAAGAAAAAGCAUGUUUUGUGUGUCAGGUACUAGCAGCUACCUCAGUGCCGGAAGUUGAGUGCUCUUCAGCAGCAGAAGGUUCUAGAAACAUCAGCGUACUCUGUGUUACGAAAAUGGCAGACACCUCAACAUUCAAAGGGUCAAAUCUCAGCAACGCUAGACACUCCAUGCACUGUAACAGGUCUCACUGUACUCAACCUCCAGGGGUCGAAGGUCGUGUGGAGAUCAAUUCUACUCAUGUUGAUACUGUUAUGCUUAUAGACGUUGUCAUAAGAUCUCAUGGAGGGGUCAACUCCUCUGAAACCUGCGUGCAGAUGGGAUUCGAACCUCACACACGUUGUCAUCAACUGUACAACACCAAAGGUUUACCCGACAGCCAUUUGCGUGUGGGAUAUGACUGUCAACAGUUCAAAACCAGAGGUCGAUGUUUCCCAGUCCUUCAUUCGUAA